AUGAUAAGUCUAUGGCAGAGUAUUUUACAGGAAAGGGGGGCUAAAUGGGGCCACAAUAUCCUGAGCGGAGUAUUGUGUACCCACAGAGGUCUUUGGCGGAGCAGCCCCCCUGGCUGCCGCCUCAGCAUACGUGCCUCCUUGCAGGAAGGAGAGACGUUUACGUGCUUCCUGGUUUCUGGAAUCCCCGGCGUCAUCGGAUGCAUCGACGGAACAUACAUCAAUUUUCGUUGUCCAGACGAGAAGAUCCCCGUAACGUAUGUGAACCGGCACGAGGCCCUGUCAUUAACCUUGCAAAGGGUAUGUGAUGACAAGCACCGGUUCAUUGAUGCUUUUACGGGGGUUUCCAGUCGGAUCCAUGACGCCAGGGUUUUCGACCUGUCAGACCUCCCCGAAAGGCUUCCCACUCUCUGUAAGAGAGCGAAGAUCCACAUUCUAGGGGAUGCGGCAUACCCCAGCAGGGAGUACCUAGUGACACCUUUUAAGGACUACGGCAAGAUGACCUGUGAACAGAAAGAUUUUAACAGAGACUUCUCUGCCACAUGGGUGACAAUAGAAAACACCUUUCAGGUACUGAAGCGCCGCUGCAUGCAGCUGUCCUACCUUGAGUUUGCGGAGGUUGACACAGCUAGUAAAUUUAUUAUGUCGUGCUGUGUGCUACAUAACCUCUGCAUUCAGUCAGGAGAUCUCGAAAUUGAAGGCGUAGAAGCAACAAGUGAUCGUCUGCCAGAUGACGAUGACACAAUUGAGGAGACUCGCCCUGUUCUACGCAGCAGAGGAAUUGCGAAACGAGAGAGACUUUGUGAUUAUGUGAAUCGGCCUUGAUCGUUGCACAAAAUAAUGUUCUGCAUUAAGUAUUGUUUUACAGUCAUGUCUCAUUAAAGGGCAGCUCCGGUCCAUACUUUCGAUUUUGGG